UGGGGGCGACGGUGGGGGUCAGUCUCGAGGUUCCCUCGCCCGCUGAGCGAUGCCGUCCGAGCGGUUCCGCAUGGAGACGGUGGAGGCCCUGCGGGGCAGCCGCAAAGGGCAGCUCACCUACUGCCCAGACUGGAGGCCGCUCGGAGAGGAAAUUCUGGAAGGAUAUCAAGGCCCCCCUGAGCUGUCUCCCUACUCAGGCUGGGUGCUAGAAAAAAUGCUCUCCCAUUCUCCAGAGUCGCUUCCUCUGUUUACGGGCUCGGGACCGGGUGAGUCCGCCGUUACACGCAGGUGGUCCUCCCACACGAUCACUACUUCUCCUGCCAGCCAGCCGGUCUUCACACCAUUGACAACAGAAGCACCAAGCGAUAUACAGGAUUACAAGAAAGGGAGAACCCCGGAGAGCGACCAAGAAGCCUUUACUUCACCUCCGCUCUCGAAAAGCACCGGGGUCGAUGGCCUGAUACGUUUGCACGAGGAAAUCCAGAAGCUGAAAGGCAAGGAAGAGCUCAAGCACCGCUUGGAGCUGCAAGAGCAGGUGGUGAAGGCCGCGUCCGCUGAGGCCAGCGAGUUGCUGAAGCGCUUUGACGAGCUGAAGGAGCUGAAACAGCACCAGGAGUAUCAGCACCUGCAGCAAGAGAUCGAGGACAGCUCCAAAGAAGCUCAAGGCCAGCAGGAAAAACUAAAGGAGGAACAUCGCCGGAGAGCAAAGCUCUUGAGCCGGAAAUUGCGGGAGGCAGAGCAGCAGCGACAGCGGCAAGAGGAGCUGGAGCGCCAUCGCAGGGAAAAGGGCCAGGAGCGGCUGCGCUGCCUUUACUCCAUCCAGGAGGAGAUGCUGCAGAUCAACCAACAGAUCGGCCUCAGCUACAGGCAUAAAGAGUUGCCGGGCAUCGACCUCUCGCUCUACAGCAGCCGCGGCAAUCAGAUCUGCGGGGAGGUGUCGGGGCUUGUCCGCCUGGCCAGCGAGAGAGCGUUCUCCACGGAGGCGGAGGUGGCCUUGGCUGAACAAGUGCUGCAGGAAAUGCAUGAGCUGAUUUCUAACAUGCAGCAAGAAAUCGCUCUGGCCGUGGAAGAGAAGAGGCGGCACGAGGAGAAGCUGGCGGCGGCCGCGGCCGCGGUGGCAGCAGCGAGGGAGAAGAAGCAGGAGCUGCAGAAAGAGGAGGUGGCGAAAGCCCAAAUUCCUGACCAGGGGCUUCAGGUGAAGGCGGAGGAGACGACCAUGCGGUGGUACCAGCAGCUGCAGAAAGAGUCUGAGCAGUGCGUCGCUUCCUUCAGCCGGCUGGCCAGCAGCAAAGACAGCCAGGAGAAAAAAAUUAAAAUGGAUUUACAAAAAGCAGCAACUAUUCCUGUGAGCCAGAUUUCUACCAGAGCAGGCUCCCAGCUGAAAGAGAUAUUUGAAAAGAUCAACAGCCUCCUUUCCGGAAAGUCGGUGCACUGCGGUGGCCACAAUGUGUCUGUCGCUCAGCAUCCGGAAGGGCUGGAGUUCGUUUAUUUCAAACUGGCAGAGAAGUUUGUGAAACAAGGCGAGGAAGAGGUGGCUUCGCACCACGAGGCCGCUUUCCCCAUCGCCACGGUUGCGUCAGGCAUCUGGGAGUUGCACCCCCGGGUGGGCGACCUCAUUUUGGCUCACCUGCACAAAAAGUGCCCCUACGCUGUGCCGUUCUACCCUGCGCUGAAGGAAGGGAUGUCCCUGGAGGAUUAUCAGAGGAUGCUCGGCUACCAAGUGAAAGAUGCAAAAGUGGAACCGCAGGACAACUUCCUGAAGCGGAUGUCCGGGAUGAUCCGUCUGUACGCGGCCAUCCUUCAGCUGCAGUGGCCGUAUAAGGAUAGACAGACGACUCACCCACAUGGACUGAACCAUGCGUGGCGCUGGCUGGCCCAGAUGUUGAACAUGGAGCCUCUGGCAGAUGUGACAGCUACUCUUCUCUUUGACUUCCUGGAGGUCUGCGGGAACGCUCUAAUGAAGCAAUACCAGGUGCAGCUUUGGAAGAUGAUUCUCCUCAUCAGAGAAGAGUAUUUCCCCAGGAUUGAAGCAAUUACGAGGGAUGGAGAAAUGGGCUCCCUUGUCAGAUUCAAGCAGUUCUUGGAGAAAUGUUUACAGCGCAAAGAAAUUCCUUUACCGAAAGGUUUCCUGCCACCGUCCUUCUGGAGAUCGUGAUUUCCCUCCUUUCGCCUGCAUCUUCCCAGAAGCCCAAAGUCUCACCUGAUCUUCCCCUCGAGAGAGAGAUUUGCAUUUUAAUAAAAUAUUUGGAUCGUAUUGACGCCAGACGAUGUCCAGUCAACCUUACCCGGCUGUGAUCGUCAGAUUCGGAGCCCACAGCAGCUUGCUUCAGAAAUGUAUUUUGUGAAGCAUUUUAAAAUGUUGUCUGCACUUGCGUAUUCCUCUCAACUCUUCCCCCCUGGGGUUAUUAUGGGACACUUUAAAUGCGGCUGCAUUGCAUUUUACCGGCUGUCGCUCCUACCCUCAAACAGCUGGAGGAGAAACAAUUUCCCUUAAUCUCCCAAACUGCUCCUGAGUCUGAUAAACUCUGCAGAACUUUAAUAUAUCGUGCCAAAGAGCAGCGUGUCUCUGUUUUGGGAAUACCCAGGUCAUCGAGUAAGAAAACUAGUCGUAAAACAUUUUAAAUACCACAGGUGGCAUUUUAACUUGUGACUUUUAAUUAAAAUGUUGCUGUGCUUUGGAGAAACGGGAGCAGUCAAUUGCCUGUUAGGUUCAAAGGGUAGACACAGCGGAGGCAUUUGGGCUCAUCAAAGGCAGAGCUCCGUUCCUUUGAAAGUAACUGAUUUAUUUUCCUCUUUUCCAGAAGCACUCCCCCCACCCCAUUUUCAUUUUAAAAAGAGAGCUUUGUACUUGAGGGAGGAAUUGUCCCCCUCCCCUAAAUGACGAAGCAUUUGGGACUUUCGGAGAUGAAUGUGUUUCUCUGGCUUGUGUGUAUGUAAUUGGUUCAGAUGGAGAAGAUCUCCACAAAACAUUACACUUUUAAUUUUCGUGAAAACAGAACAGAAUUGUUCUUCCGUUCCUGUAGUUCAUAAACUGGGAGGGGGGGUAGGAAACAGGAUGACACACCUGUAACAUUCUUGACCAGUUUUAGGCAACUUGGUGACCACCAGAUCUUUUGGACUACAACCCCCGUAAUCCUUGCCCAUGGGUCAUGCUGAUGGGAGUUGCAGUCCAAAACACAUAGGACUUGCAUUCAAUUAUGUUGGACUCCAACACCCAUCAUCGCCCAUAGUCAGGGAUGAUGGGAGUUGCAGCCCAACAUCAUCCGGAGGACCAAAAUCCCCCACCCAUUCCAUAAACAAACUAAAAUGGUGAGAGUCCAUUUUUGUUUCUGUGUAUUCGUGCUGUGCAAUCAAGUUAGUCCUUCCUUCAUUGGUUUUAAACUUAACUAGGGUUUUUGUGCAGGCGUGAUGUGGAGGCAGGGCCUUUGCCACUGUGGGAGGGUGUGUGUGUAUGUAUGUAAGUAUGUAGGUUGGGUUCUCCUGGCAGCGAUUCAAUCAGUUUCACCGAACUGCUGAAUUACUAUUUUGUAUCCGUCUUCCACAAUAAUUAUUCUGAGAACAUAUUGUCGGAGAAUGUGGCCACAAAGAUCAUUAAAAGCUAAAAAGAGCUUUAAUUUAAA